AAGCCGGACUGUCAGUGCCGCACGUGAAGCAUGCUGGGACUAGCUUUCUGGACUCCCGGCAGCCCCUGCGACGGGCGUACGUAAGGAACUGGCUGGCCGCGGCCGUUCUCCGUAAGAUGGCGGACCGGCGGCGGCAGCGCGCUUCGCAGGACACGGAGGACGAAGAGUCUGGUGCUUCUGGCUCAGACAGCGGCGGUUCCCCGGCGCGGGGCGGCGGGGGCUGCAGCGGUAGCACGGGAGGCGGCGGUAGCGGUUCUCUGCCUUCCCAGCGCGGAGGCCGAGCCGGGGCCCUUCAUCUGCGGCGGGUGGAGAGCGGGGGGGCCAAGAGCGCUGAAGAGUCUGAAUGUGAGAGUGAAGAUGGCAUCGAGGGCGAUGCUGUUCUCUCGGAUUAUGAAAGUGCAGAAGACUCAGAAGGUGAAGAAGGAGAGUACAGUGAAGAGGAAAAUUCCAAAGUGGAGUUGAAAUCUGAAGCUAAUGAUGCUGCUAAUUCAGCAAAAGAAGAGAAGGGAGAAGAAAAGCCUGACUCCAAAGGCACUGUGACAGGAGAGAGGCAAAGUGGGGAUGGACAGGAGAGCACAGAGCCUGUGGAGAACAAACUACCCAAGCAUUUGGAUGAUGAUGAAGAUCGGAAGAACCCAGCAUACAUACCCCGGAAAGGGCUCUUCUUUGAGCAUGAUCUUCGAGGACAAACUCAGGAGGAGGAAGUCAGACCCAAGGGGCGUCAGCGAAAGCUGUGGAAGGAUGAGGGUCGUUGGGAGCAUGACAAGUUCCGGGAAGAUGAACAGGCUCCAAAGUCCCGACAGGAGCUUAUUGCUCUUUAUGGAUAUGACAUCCGUUCAGCUCACAAUCCUGAUGACAUCAAACCCCGAAGAAUGAGGAAACCUAGGUUUGGGAGUCCUCCACAAAGAGAUCCAAGCUGGAUUGGUGAGCGGCCAAACAAGCCCCAUCGCCACCAGGGUCCUGGGGGUACCCUACCACCAAGGACAUUUAUCAACAGGAAAGCUGCAGGUACUGGCCGCAUGUCUGCUCCCAGGAACUACUCUCGAUCUGGGAGCUUCAAGGAAGGUCGUGCUGGAUUUAGGCCUAUGGAGGCUGGUGGACAGCAUGGUGGCCGGUCUGGUGAGACUGUUAAACAUGAGAGUAGUUACCGGUCACGGCGCCUGGAGCAGACUCCUGUUCGGGAUCCGUCUCCAGAAGCAGAUGCUCAAGUGCUUGGCAGUCCUGAGAAGGAAGAGGCACCCUCAGAGAUACCAGCUCCUGCUCCUGACACUGCACCACCGCCCCCUGACAGGCCUAUUGAAAAGAAAUCCUAUUCCCGUGCAAGAAGAACCAGAAUCAAAGCUGGAGAUGCAGUCAAGGUUGCAGAGGAGAUGCCCCCUCCACCUGAAGGGCUGACCCCUGCACCUCAAGUUCCAGAAACUACUCCUCCUCCACCUCCUAAGACUGGGAACUGGGAGGCUCCAGUGGAUUCUACUACAGGUGGACUUGAGCAAGACGUGGCACAACUAAAUAUAACAGAACAGAAUUGGAAUCCAGGACAACCUUCAUUCCUGCAACCACGUGAACUUCGGGGUAUGCACAACCACAUACACAUGGGAGCAGGACCUCCACCUCAGUUUAACCGGAUGGAAGAAAUGGGUGUCCAGGGUGGGCGAGCCAAACGCUAUUCAUCUCAGCGGCAGAGACCUGUUCCAGAGCCCCCUGCCCCUCCUGUGCAUAUCAGUAUCAUGGAGGGACAUUACUAUGAUCCACUGCAGUUCCAGGGACCAAUCUAUACCCAUGGUGACAGCCCUGCCCCACUGCCUCCUCAGGGCAUGAUUGUGCAGCCAGAAAUGCACCUUCCCCACCCAGGUUUACAUCCCCAUCAGACACCAGCGCCUCUGCCCAAUCCGGGCCUCUAUCCCCCACCAGUGUCCAUGUCUCCAGGACAGCCACCACCUCAGCAGUUGCUUGCUCCUACUUACUUUUCUGCUCCAGGCGUCAUGAACUUUGGUAAUCCCAGUUACCCUUAUGCUCCAGGGGCACUGCCUCCCCCACCACCUCCUCAUCUAUAUCCUAAUACACAGGCCCCAUCACAGGUAUAUGGAGGAGUGACUUACUAUAACCCCGCCCAGCAGCAGGUACAGCCAAAGCCCUCCCCACCCCGGAGGACUCCUCAGCCAGUCACCAUCAAGCCCCCACCACCUGAGGUUGUAAGCAGGGGUUCCAGUUAAUGUGAAUUUCUGAAUAUUUUAAAUCUAACAUGAUAUAAAAAACAACAGAGAUGGGAACCCAGGAAAGAAGAGAAAUACAACUGGCUGUCUGCUACCAGCAAGGCUUGAAAGAGAAAGGGUGGCUCCUACCAGCAAGCAGCUGAAUGAGGAGGACCCCUGCCUUCCUCUGAGGAUGGGCUCUGUUAGAGAAAGGGAGAAGCAAGUGGACUUACUCCUGUUUCUACACACUGCUUGAGUUAGCUGUGCUCAGAGGAGCAGAGAUCUAGACAGCCCAGACUUCUGAGUCUACAUCUAGAAACCCAGGUUUUUGGCUCUUCUUCACUUUGUCCUGAGAAAUUCAAGUGUCUUCUGCUCCCAGGGAAGCUCCUUCCUGUUUGUUUUGUUUUCUAAGAUGUUUGUUUUUAAAGCCUGGCUUGCUGUUCUUAAAUUAAUAUUUUAUUUUUCUCUCUGUCUCUCUUAUUCUCUGCGUUUAAAUGAGACAAGUUCAUUUUUCUGGUUUGCUAGCUGCUCUGGUUUCCUUUGGUUCUUCCCUACAACCCAGAUAAUUGAGAAUUUACCAGCUGGUCUUUUCCCACCAAAUCUCAAAGAGCUGGCCUUUCACUUUUGGGUGGCCUUUCUUAUUAUAUACUUGGAUUUUCUUAACUCCUCUAAGCUCGAAGUUUGUGGUAGGAGCCCUUCUUCUUGACUUCAGUUUUUAGGCGUCUGAGUCUCCAUCAGUCCCUCUACCCUGGUAGACUUCAUGCCUCUACUGAGGGCAGAGUCUCUACAGUGAGGAGAGAAAGUGUUUUUUGUUUUUUUGAGAAAGGGAGGGUGGAGUGAGAGCCUUUUGCACCUUAGGGAUAUGUAUUCACACAGUCCUCAGUGCUCAGUCUUUGAGGUAAGUGGAAUUAGAGGACCUGCUUUUCUUAUUUCUAUCCCUCCUAUCACACCCCUUUUCCAGUUGCUGUGGACCAAUGCAUCUCUAGAGACAAAUAUUAUCCAGCUAGCAGUCUACCCUGUCCUUUAUAAUGGCUCUUCAUGUAUUUUCUGCUACAAGUGUUUUAGAUGUUACUACCUUAUUUUCCUCAAGUUCUCCUAUCCUUGCAAGCAGAAGAAGAUACUGCACCUGGGCUUAAGGCCUUAGGAAGCCAGUGACUUUUGCGGCAAGGGCUUCUUUCCUCCCUGUCCAUGGCGCUAAACCACUCUCCUGCUGCCUCUGCGGAAGAGAUUCCCAUUAUUGCAGCACUUGUGUCUGCCAGGGGUAACUUGGCCACUGUCUCUGUCCUUCUACAGAACCUGAGGGAGAAGGUGGCAGCUGUGUCUCUCCCCAGGUAAUGUCACUAUUUCUCUUCCUCCUCUUAAGCAGCUGGCCUGACCACUCUUGAGUCACAGGUGUGUGGGGAGGGAGGAGAGGCACUCAAGAUGUAACCCUAAAGGAGGAAAUAACUAAGAGACUCUUCCAGGGGUAGUUGGUGGUUGUGCCUUUGGUAGGCUAUUCCCUUUGCCUUAAACCUAACGAUGUCUUCUCAAGCCUGUGGGCAGCAUGCCCAGAUUCCCAGACCUUAAGACACUGUGACAGUUGUUUCCGUUGGUCCGCUGUGUUUCAUUGCAAGAAUUUCUCCAUGUGUGUUGUUGUUACUGUUUUAAAGCGUACACAUUUGUGAUUGGUGUUGUGACUUGAAGAUAAUAAAAUUUAGACUGUAAACUUG